AUGGCUAUGACCAUGGCCGAUAGCAUUAUUAGGAAAGCUUGCGACCGCUGUCACUCCCAGAAGCUGAGCUGUAAACGUGUCGGCGACGAGGCCUGUGAGCGUUGUGUCAGACUUCAAACAGAGUGCAAAUCUAGUCCCUCUCUUCGCUAUAAGAAGCAGCACCAGCAGCACGGCCAGCAAUACCAACGACAACAGCAAAGGGCCUCCCCAUAUCAGAACCCACAACAACCUCAGACACAACCGUCACCAUAUCCCACGCCAGGAUCAAAACCCCCCAUCGGCAGGCGUUCGCCCAAGCGUCGAAGAACAGCUUGGAUAGCAAUCAAUCAGCAGGCCGAGGACACAUUGCCUGAGAAGCAAAGUGUCGUCGCUACUGAAGCAGCGCUGGAACCUGCAGACUUCGACUUCAGUCAGAUUGAGAACCUUAACUUCUUUUCGCCACCUCCUGCGGCUCCCCUAUCACACAACCCUGUUCCAGGAGCUCUUGAAGCCUUUCAACCUGUUCCCACGUUCCCAGAUCCUUGGGAUCAGCAGUUGAGUCAAGCCACAGAGACAUUUCACGCCACGUCAACAUCCUUCCAACCCGGAGACAACAGCGGGUUUCCAUCAGCAGUCCCUACCUUGAGCCUGAUAGGAAGUCCUCACAGUCAGACCAUUGCAGAGAAACGCAGAAGGCCCCGUCUUAGAAACCGGCCGAGGCAAAUUGCGUUACGCCAGAUCGCCAACGCACCAGCAAUCCACAUAGAACCCCCAGGUAUUCACUGGAUGGCGCAAUUAUCGGAAAUCAACUCUCGUCUAUUGGACCUUGCGUCAGUGUUGCCCCAGCAAACGGGAGCAUGCAACUUUGAAGCCCUUGGCAGAUCAAGUGAGGACGCAUUCUCCAACCAGGGCUUUCCGAUUGACGAGAUGUUCAAGCUUACUCGACGAGUGGCUGAUGUGCUGGACCGUCUGUCGGCAGGAGGCAACGCUUCCGCAGGUAGGAUGGACAGCUCUGACCCAGGAAACUCCAUGUUUGUUCUUUCAAUAUAUGUUCGUUUGCUUGACAUGUACCAAAAGGUCUUCAGCCUGGUUCGCAUGGAACUGUCUCAAGCUGACGCGGAAGCGGCCUUCCGAUUCUGGAGACUCCCCGACGUCCAAGUCGGAUCAUUUGCCGUGGACCCUUCGCCAUCGUUGCAAAUGUCUCUUACAGUCCAAUUGGCCGAAGAGUUCCUCGCUCGUCUCCGAGUCGCGACCGCAGCCCUGGAUCCCGCUCUGAGCAACGGCGGUGGAAGCAAAGGAGUAGCUGACGAUGGUGGCAGUGGCAAGUCGAUGUUUUCAGAUGUGGUGGAUAUUUCUUUCCGGGCUGUCAAGACAAAGGAGGAGAGCCUUGGGAAGCAUCUCGCCGAGUUGCGGGAUGAGAUUGAAGCCUUCCUGAACCCUUAG